CCCGCUGCGGCCGCAUCAAUCAUUAACGGCGGCUCGGGUGUCCAGCGCCUCCCACCCUGGGAAACCCUACCCGGGGCGGCGGGGGCGUCUCUUCCCGCUCCUUAGGAGCGCUGGAUGCGCCGCCGGUCUCCAGUUACCGCGAUGCCGGGCGGCGGGGCGGGAGGAGCCGCGGCGGUACUGCCACUGCCCCUGCUGCAAUGAGUGAUGCUGCCGGGGGCGGCGGCGGGGGCGGAGAGGCGCAGAGCUACCGCGGAUCCUCCGCCGGCGGCUGCGGGCGCAGCGGCUCAGCCUCGCCCGGUCGGCGGCGAGGCGGCGGGCCCGGGGCCGGCCGGGGCAGCGGCAGCAUGCCGGCGGGCGAUGGGGACAAGAAGGAGGCGGCGCCGCCGCCGCCUCGCCCUGCCGCCCUGCUGCGGUGGGACGAGGUGCCCGAGGACUUCGUGGAGUGCUUCAUCCUCUCGGGCUACCGGCGGCUGCACUGCUCGGCACAGGAGUGCCUGGCCUCGGUGCUGCAGCCCACCAACGAGACCCUCAACUUCUGGACCCACUUCAUCCCACUGCUGCUCUUCCUCAGCCGCUUCGGGCGGCUGCUUCUGCUGCGGGGCGCCGGGGACGUGCCCUUCCACCACCCGGCCCUGCUGCCCCUCUGGUGCUACGCCUCGGGGGUGCUGCUCACCUUCGCCAUGAGCUGCACGGCCCACCUCUUCAGCUGCCUCUCCCCGCGCCUCCGCGCCACCUUCUUCUACCUGGACUACGCCUCCAUCAGCUACUACGGCUUCGCCAGCACCGUGGCCUACUCCUACUACCUGCUGCCAGGGCUGAGCCUGCUGGACGCCGGAGCCAUGAGCCGCUACGUGCAGCAGCGGCUGGGCUGGCAGCUGGACUGCAGCCUGCCCAUCGCGGCCUACCGCGUGCUCGUGCUGCCCGUGGCGCUGGCGCUGGCCGUGGGCUGCACGGCCGCCUGCUGCCGCAGCCGUGCCGCCUGCUGCGCCUACCCGUUCGCCGUGCGCACCUUCGUGUUCGCCAUGCCGCUCAGCAUGGCCUGCCCCAUCAUGCUGGAGAGCCUCUUCUUCGACCUCCGCGCACGCAACCCGACGCUCUUCGUCUACUUCUACCGCCGCUACUUCUGGCUGCUGGUGGCCGCCUUCUUCAACGUCAGCAAGAUCCCCGAGCGGAUCCAGCCGGGGCUCUUCGACAUCGUGGGGCAUAGUCAUCAGCUUUUCCACAUCUUCACCUUCCUCAGCAUCUACGACCAGGUGCACUACGUGGAGGACGGGCUGGCUGAGUUUCUCAAGGCACCCCUGGCUGCCCCCACCUACCUAGGCACCGUGGGGUAUAUGCUGCUCCUGACCGUCUGCCUUGCUGUGGUCGUCAGGAGGUUCCUCAACGUUGCAGACCUCUGCAAGCAGGACUGACCAGUCCGACGACCCUCGGGACAGCGACCACCAUGCCAGUGACCCUUGGCCUGGAGGUCCUUGGGCCGGUGACCUUCAGACUGGUGACCCUCAGUCCAGACCCAACGUGUCCUGAAGAAGCUGUGACACCUGGGGGAAACCUACCUGUGGAAGAGCCAGGUCCCUUUCAUGGAGGUUUGCUGGAGAAAAUGACCAUGGCAGAACUGCUCGUGCUCUUUAAACUACUAGGUUACCAGGGGAAGCAAGCAAAUGCUUACUGACUUUGUACAUCCUAUUUGAAAUGUGGCAAUGACUUCAAGGAUUUGAUGACCACAGCAAAAACCUCCAUUACCCUCUUAGAAGCAGAUGCUUCAAGAGACUACAUCCUGCAAAUAAACAAAUACUUCACAA